AUGGCCCCAAGUCCGGGGAAGGUUCCCUCUCCUCUUUACAACACCCCAACGUCUUUGCUUUCUCAUAUCUCUGGCGAAUGUGUAAGAUACUUCAUCAUGCCUGACGACACAUCCAAAUCAUCCUCUAUCCCUUCAUGGCAGAGACCCAAUAAGACGGCCGAAGAGUCGCCUUCGCCGACCUCCGACGAUGCGCCCGCAACUACAGCCUCCACAUCCCGACAAGCUCUCCUGGACCAAGCAUCCAAAUUCCUAGAAGACGAGUCAAUCCGUGAUGCACCAACAGAGCGCAAAGUCUCAUUCCUCGAGUCAAAAGGCCUGAGCUCAGACGAUAUCGAGCAGGUCCUCGGCAUCUCUCGCAAUGCAGAGGCGAGCAGCAGCUCAACCACAGCCGAGGACAAAACACAGGAAGAGAUACCAUCUACCUCACCCACUCAGUCCGAAGCCACCCCUUCUCCUCCUAUCGCCUCUUCAUCACCCUCCAACACUAUGUCUUCACAACCAGCACCAGCACCAGUGCCAACGCCAACCCAAGCCUCCCGCGACGUCCCCCCAAUAAUCACCUACCCCGAAUUCCUCUUCGAGUCAUCCAAGCCGCCGCCCCUAGUGACAAUGCGCAAUCUCCUGUACACACUAUACGGCGCCACAGGCCUAGGAGCAAGUCUGUACGGUGCAAGCGAGUACCUCGUGAAACCCAUGCUAGCGAACCUAACAAGCGCACGACACGAGCUCGCCAGCACAGCAGAAGCGAACCUGCAAAAGCUAAACGAAAAGCUGGAGAAAACAGUAUCCGUGAUUCCAGCGGAGUUAACAGCGCGCAAGAUCAAGCCCUACAGCGACGAAGAAGACGACGACGCCUCAUCGAUCACCUCGGACCCAACCGAGCUGUUCCACCGGGACGUCGCAACGCAGACGAGUCCAGAGCCCACUCCGGUACUCAGCGCCACCGAACCCGUCAACUCUGCGGACGCGGCGGCCGUCUCUCCAUCGACAGCAGUUAACAAUCACGUCAGCCGCGUUGAGUCUAUUACCUCGAAGCUGCGCGAGAUCGUUAACUCGGAGAAGGACGCGAGUACGCUGGAUGACUCGAUGCGUACGCGUCUCACCGAGCUGCAUCAUUACUGUGAUGGGUUGAUCUAUAGUGGUCCUACGUACUCUUCUGGGUCGACGUAUGGGGUCUGGAAUUCCAAUAACUCGGGCUCGAAUGAUAGCACUAGUAUGCGGAAGGCGGAGGAUGAGGCUAUUGCUGGGUUUAGGGCUGAUAUUCGCGGUGUGAAGGGUGCGCUGUUGAGUGCGCGUAACUUCCCUGCUAGUCGGGGUGGACGGCUUGGUGGUGGUCUUCCCGUCGGUGGACGGUGA